UUAAUAUCUCGAAAUGAUCGGAUAGAAUUUAGCCACGCUGUUUAACCGACUCUCCGUAUCUCUCUCAAAAUGGGAUGUUGUGGAGAGGAAGAAGUAGAUGAUAUUUUUAAGCAACUCAUCCCACACAACCAAUCCGAAACCCAAGCUGAAUCAAUGGCAGAUAAUGGAUCUUAUGAAGUUGUGCUUUCACCUAUCAAUUCAAAUUUCCAUGCACUGAUUUGCAAAGACAUACUUAGAAGCAUAUUUGAGCUAUUACCUUCAUCAGAUCUAGCUAGAGCUGCUUGUGUAUGUAAAGUAUGGAAUUUAGUAGCUUCUGAUCGAGAAAUUAUGACUAGUAGUUUUAAAUCGUUAUGGAAAUUGAAGCGUGUUGUUGGUAACCCUAGUUCUGGUAAUUUCUGGAGAGAUAAUAGUAUUGGUAAAUUUGCUAUUUCUCAUCGGUUGGUUCGUGGUGAUUCUGUUACUAGCCUUGCCGUUAAAUACUCCGUUCAGGUGACAGACAUAAAACGGUUGAACAAUAUGAUGAGUGAACACGGAAUAUACUCAAGGGAGAGGUUGCUAAUCCCGGUUUGCAACCCGGAAAUUCUUCUAAAUGGGACAUGUUACAUUGAGAUAGAUGCCCAUGCAAAAAGGGUAGUUGCUGUUAUUUAUUUGGAUGGUGAACCUGAUCCUGAGGGAAACCACAACUGUUUAUUGGACAAGGCAGCCAGUGGUAGCAGCAGAGGUAAGAGAAGGGUUCUUGAGUCCAUGAAGAGAAGUAUGCGAGUGGAUGAUGGGACUGUGGAGUACUACUGGUCUAUUACGAAUGGCAACCCUCGAGCUGCAUUUUCAGAGUUCUCGGAGGAUCUUAGGUGGGAGCACCAGUCUGGAUUACUCUAGGUAUAUGGUACAUUGGACAAAGUGAGUGUGUCCUUCUGAGCAUCUGGGGACUUUUAGAUAAAUCAAAUAGGGUUUAUACUAUUUAAUCUUGCCGGGCCAAAAAAAAGUCCUACAAUUGCUGGAAUUAUAAGUGAACCAAAAAGGAGUUAAAUACAGUUCUAUACCAUAUUUCAGUAUCUUGCGUGUAGAUAAUAUUACACAUGUACAUGUCAAAUAAAUUGCUGACAUAUUAGUAGUCAGUGGUCUACCUGUGAUGAAAGAUAAAUUCUGUUAUUUGUUUUUGGUCCCAGCUCUUGCUAUUUUGUUAUCCCAUAUUUCAGUAUCUGGACUGGAACAAGUUCAGAGGUUUGGAAAGGGCUAAUUUGUUGUGAUCUCAAUUAUUUCGACAAUGA